UAUUAUAUAUCUCUGUGGAUUACUCUCUGCUGCAGAAUGACUCUGGAGGAGUUCAUCGGGUCCAACAGCACCGAGAAGAGGAUGGAGACUCUCAGUCAGAACCUGGAGGAGCUGCUGGUUUUGGCCCAGAAGCAGGACUGUCUCACGGUGGGAGUCUACGAGGCCGCCAAGCUCAUGAACGUAGACCCGGACAGCGUGGUCCUGUGCGUGCUGUCCACGGAUGAGGAGGACGAGGGGGACAUCGCGCUGCAGAUCCACUUCACGCUGCUUCAGGCGUUCUGCUGCGACAACGACAUCAACAUCCUGCGCGUGAGCGGCAUGACGCGUCUGUGCGCGCUGCUGGAGGGGGACGCGUCACCGGACAGCAACGGGAACGAGCCCCGGGACCUGCACUGCAUCCUGGUCACGAACCCUCCGCUGCAGCCGCUGCAGUCUGCGGCUCUGCAGGACAUCCACAGCUUCUGCGAGGAGAGCCGCUGCACCCACCACUGGGUCCCGUGUCUGGAGAUGCACGAGCGCUGAGCCGGACCGGGCCGAGCCGAGCCAGACCGCCGCGGAGCGGUGAGAACGAGUGCAAAGAGUCCGAACAGCCGGCCUUCUGCUGCAGAAGAGUAACGGCGUUUGAGAGGAGAGACGGGCCGAGCCGGGCCGAGCCGAGCCGGGUUCCGGGUUCCGGGCCGGGGCUUCUGCUGCCCUAUUGGCUGAGUGAUUGGGCCGGGGCGCGUGGGGUACCGGACGGCCUCCCGUUAGUGGAGGGAGGACUGUGCAGGUGGACUCAGGUCCUGGACCCGGACCCGGACCAGUUUUAUGUCACGUGACUGACUGAACCGAUGAACUGUGGAGCUGCACGAGACGCUCCGGACUACCUGAGCUGCAGGUCGUUUCUGCUGCACCUGUGCGUGACGUCAGCGGACAUGUGACGUCACGCUGUAACAUGCCUUGUUGUUAGAGACGCAAUGGAGUUCCACACUGAAUAUUUAAAGGAACAGAGUAAUAUAUGAGCUGUUUAUUUAAGACGAUGAAUAAAUGAUUGA